CCUCGGUGCUCGGACGCRCCCGGGGCCGCAGCGCCGCUGCAGCCAUGAGCCGAGCGCUCUGGGCGCUCCUGCUCUCCUGCACCGCAGCAGCUCAGGCGGGAGGGACGCAGCGGGGCCAGGAGUCCCCAUCCCCUGCGGGCUUUCAGGGGUGCAAGAAGGCCCUGCAGCUCUCGAGUCUGGAGGUGCUGCCUGGAGGGGGCUGGGAUAACCUCCGCAACUUGGACAUGGGCAGGGUCUUCAACCUGGGCUACUCGCUGUGCAAGACCACAGAAGACGGGUCCUACAUCAUCCCGGAUGAGAUCUUCACCAUUCCACGCAAGCAGAGCAACCUGGAGAUCAACUCAGAGAUCAUAGAGUCCUGGAAGGAUUACCAGAGCACCACCUCCGCCUCCAUCAACAUGGAGCUGUCCCUCUUCUCCUCCGUCAACGGCAAAUUCUCCUACGACUUUCACCGGACCAAGACCCACCAAGUCAAGGACCACGCGGUCACCACCCGAGUGCAGGUCAGGAACCUGGUCUACACUGUCAAAAUCGACCCGGGAGCAGCCCUGGACGAGAGCUUCAAGAAGCAGCUGCUGCUGAUCGCCAGCCACCUGGAGAACAACCAGACGCGCAUGGCCGACUUCCUGGCCGAGCUGCUGGUGCUCAACUACGGCACCCACGCCAUCACCUCCGUGGACRCCGGCGCCACCCUGGUGCAGGAGGAUCAGAUCAAGGCCACCUUCGUGAAGGACAGCUGGGCCACGCGGAGCGCCGUCACCGCCGCGGCCGGYGUGGCCUUCCACAGCAUCAUCGAAGCGAAAACGCAGGGCUCYGAGGAGGUCAGCUCUGCUUUCACCAGGCAGUACCUGGAGAACCGCACCAGCUCCAGGGUGGAGAGCAUCGGCGGCAUGCCCUUCUACCCGGGCAUCACCCUGCGGACGUGGCAGGAGGGCACCAGGAACCAGCUGGUGGCCAUCGACCGCGCGGGGCUGCCCCUCUCCUUCUUCAUCAGCCCCAGCAGCCUGCCGGAGCUGCCGGCGCCCACGGCGCGGCGCCUGGCGCGGCGCGUGGAGCAGGCCCUGGGCCGCUACUACGCCUUCAACACCUACCCGGGCUGCACGGACGCCGCCUCGCCCAACUUCAACUUCCAUGCCAACGCCGACGACGGCUCGUGCGAGGGCGCCGGCGCCAACUUCACCUUGGGCGGCGUCUUCCAGGAGUGCGUCGCGCUGAGCGGCCCCGACGCCGCCGCGCUCUGCCGCGGCCUGGAGCAGAAGAACCCGCUCACGGGGGGCUUCUCGUGCCCGGGCGGCUACACGGCGGUGCGGCUGGCCACGCAGGAGCGCGAGGAGGGCUACAGCCACCUGGAGUGCCACGACAAGUGCGUGCUGCGGGUCUUCUGCCACCACGUGUGCCGCGACGCCUUCUGGCUGUCGCGCGUGCGCUUCAGCGCCUACUGGUGCGCGCCCGGCGGCGCCGCGGCGCCCGGCACYGGCUACCUCUUCGGCGGCCUCUUCAGCGCGCGCGGCGCCAACCCGGUGACGGGCGCGCAGUCGUGCCCGGCGGGCUACGCGGCGCUCAGGCUCUUCGACGAGCUGCGCGUGUGCGUGAGCGACGACUACGAGGCGGGCGGCCGCUACGCCGUGCCCUUCGGCGGCUUCUUCAGCUGCCAGGAGGGCAACCCGCUGGCCGGGCCCGCCGCGCGCGCCCGCGGCUGCCCCGCUGGCUUCAGCCAGCACCCGGCACUCAUCAGCGACAGCUGCCGCGUGGCCUUCUGUAGAAGAGCCCCCCGAGGCGCCGCCAGCGCAGCCACACAGACGGACAGAGACGAGGGACGGGACGGGCGGCACAGAGACAGCGARCGUCCCCCCGCCAGCCGUUUAUUGUCCCCUCCGGCGGGGCGGCACCGCGCGCACGGGGACGGGCAGCGGGCCAAGGACRGACGACGACGAUGA